CGGGAUGGGGGUAUGCGCUGGCUGCAAACCCGUGUGUUCGACUCUGUGGGCACCGGCUACGUUCGGUUUUCAGUUCUGACCAAACUAGAAAAACCGGCGAGGAAGAGAAGAAACCCAGCGACGGCCGUGCCCAAACCCGGAGCAGAGCAGAGUGGAACAGAGGAGGAGACAGCCAGCCAGACGCGGGUGCAGUGCACUGCAGACACGGCGGCUACUCUUUUCUUUAAAGCAGACUCUCCUCCUUUCCUCUCCUCCUCCUGUCGAUCACAGCCUCAAUCCUCCCUCAGCUGAUACCUCCAACUCCAAGAAUCCGCGCAGCUCCUACAUGGCAUCUGCCCGAGCCGGGCUCCGCAUCGCGGUGGCAGUGGACGAGGGCGAGGAGAGCAUGCACGCGCUCUCCUGGUGCCUCGUCAACGUCGUCUCCCCCGCUGGUGCCGACACGCUCGUGCUCCUCCACGCCCGCCGCCCGCGCCCCGUCUACGCCGCCAUGGACAGCGCAGGGUACAUGCUGACCUCGGACGUGAUGGCCAGCGUGGAGAGGCACGCCAACGCCGUCUCGGCGGCGGCGGUCGACAAGGCCAAGCGAAUGUGCGCCGACCACCCUCAUGUGAAGGUGGAGACGCUGGUAGAGAGCGGGGACCCGCGGGACGUGAUCUGCGACGCCACCGAGAAGAUAGGCGCGGACCUGCUCGUCAUGGGCAGCCAUGGAUACGGCUUCAUCCAAAGGGCGUUCCUGGGCAGCGUCAGCAACCACUGCGCGCAGAACUGCAAAUGCCCGGUCCUGAUUGUCAAGAGGCCCAAGGAGCAGUCUAGCAAUGCUUGAGCUCAGAUAGUGUCCAACUUGUCAGUCUGUGAUAUAUGUACAUAUGUUCGCGUGGCAUUGUGGUUUCCUUUUUCAUAAACAGAGGUCGAGCUGCUACAAUUUCCUGUUG